AUGUCUGGCAUUACUGAAACAUAUCCAGAAUACGGUUCUACGAACCAACUCGACAUACUGAGGGCAACUCAGUACGACUAUCUUGACCGACAGAACCACAUCUAUCUUGACUAUACUGGCGCCGGGCUUGCUGCUCGUGCUCAGCUUCGAGCUCACCAUGCUCGUUUAGAUGGUGCGACAUAUGGAAACCCCCAUUCCGAAAACCCUACAAGUCGAAGUGCAACAGACCUGGUAGAACAAGCCAGAAAUCGUGUGCUCUCGUACUUGAACGCAUCUCCAGAAGAAUAUCAGGUUAUCUUCACGCUAAAUGCGACAGGAGCGGCAAAGCUGGUGGGAGAAGCGUAUCCUUUUGCUAAGAACUCCAGGCUCGUUCUAACAUCGGACAACCAUAACUCCCUAAAUGGUCUUAGGGAGUACGCACGGCGAGGUGGAGCAGGAACAAAAUACGUUCAUAUGCGGCAAAAAGAUUUAAGGACAGACACCGAAGCCGUCAUCAAGUGUCUUGGCCAUCCCAUCGGCUGGCGGCGGUUGAGACCAUCCUCCCGCCGUCGAAGCGGUCUCUUUGUCUAUCCAGCGCAGAGCAACUUCAGCGGAGUACGUCAUCCAUUAAGUUGGAUAAAGGUAGCGCAAGAUCUCGGCUACGACGUAUUACUUGAUGCUGCAGCAUACCUACCAACCAGCAGCCUUGAUCUAUCCACCGUUAAUCCCACCUUUGUCAUUGUUAGUUGGUACAAGGUGUUUGGAUUUCCGACUGGAGUAGGUUGCUUAAUCGCUCGCCGUGAUGCGCUGGUACGACUGGCUCGGCCAUACUUUGCGGGUGGUACCGUGAAGGCCGCCACUGUAGCUGUGCCCUGGCAUGCGCUUACAUCCGGAGAAGCAGCCUUUGAGGAUGGGACCGUUAACUAUCUGUCUAUACCAGAUGUGCAUUUCGGAUUGGACUGGAUCUCAGAUAUUGGGAUUGAACUUAUUGGAACAAGAGUUCGUUGUCUGACAGCAUGGUUUAUGGAUUCAUUGCUGGACCUCAGGCACAGCGAUGGCAGUCAGAUGGUCAUCCUUUAUGGACCAAGGGACAUGGAAGCUCGUGGAGGGACCGUUGCAUUCAACUUCAUAGAUGCUGAAGGGAAAAUUGUAGAUGAGCGCCUCGUUGCUUUGGAGUCUAGCAGGGAACGUAUUUCCCUUCGGACUGGGUGCUUUUGCAACCCUGGGGUAGGGGAGACAGUCUUUGGCGUUUCGGCAAAAACGUUGAAACACCUCGCUCACCAGCAAGAGGCAACAUUUGAUGAUUUCCUUCGAAUUGCACAUCUCCCCUCGGGUGGUGCUGUUAGGGUGUCAUUUGGAAUUGCCUCCACGGUCGAAGACGCUGAAUAUUUUAUAUCAUUUGCAUCGAAAACGUAUAAAGACCGAGUGACGACAACAGAUAGGUUGAAGCCUCGCCUAGGCUGUUGA